UUUCGAAUCAGGUGUUAAGAUUGAAAAGAAGAUGCGUUACCUAAAAUGUAUUCCAUAUUUUGGACAUUUACUUUAAAAUGUUUUCACGGCCAGUUAAAGGUGAAAGUGAAGAGGAUUUGUUGAGAAUACAACGGGAGUUUCUUAACGAAGGCAAAAAUCCAGCCGCUAGUGUGAAACAUUCAACACAAAAUGCUGGUGCUCCAGGACUGUCUGAUGAGCUGGAUCCAAUGUGUGAAAAACGACCUCGUGACGUGGUUUCUUUACAAGGGAAUGAAAGUUUUGAAGUUUUAUCAAAUAUUCCUAGAAAGAAAUCCAAAUUUAAAGAUCAACAUCAACAGAAAUGCAAGCAAGUGGAACUCGAUGGAGCCGAAUUGUUGGAAAAUGAUGAUCCACAUGUAUCCAUCAUUCUUUCGAAAAUAUUGAAAAGCAACUCAACAAAGAGUUUGUUUGCCAGGCAGUUUGCUAAGUCUAAAGCAGAGGAUUUUGGGAUUGAGAAGGAAUUGAAACCUCCACAUGGAUAUGGAAACUGGAGUAUGGAAAAGAUAAGAUCAAGGCCGACGGCAAGCUAUUCGAUGUCAUCCUUGAUCAGUGGUGAAGCUCUGACAUCUGGAAAGGGGAUGUCUUUAGAGCAUCAGAAAAUACACGAUGAGAAUGUGAAAAAGCUCUCCUCCAUGUCAGAGAGCGAGAUUUUGCAAGAACAAGCCGAACUGAGAGAAAUGAUAGAUCCAUCUAUCGUGGAGUUUUUAACACAAAAACAGAAGAAAUCCGAGGAACAAACUAACGAUUCAAUCAUUGCUGAACAAUGUGACGAUAAUGAUGUUGAUGAAGGCUUUGAUUCUUAUUUUGUUGAGGAAAGUCAUGAUGAGGAUAAUAGGGGACCGUCGUUGAUAUCUGGGUCUAAUGACGGUAGUAUGGAUGUAGCAAACAAUGUUCUAGGCAGCAACAUUUCUGAGAAAUGGUUGCAUAUGGAUCAUGUUGAACAUGACAAGUUGGAAUGGAUGAAGAAGAUACCAAAUGCUAGGACAUCUAGGAGCAAUGAGCAAGCAAGGUUUGAUUUCCAAGGCAACAUCAUGACGAAGACAGAAGGUUCAAUCCCCGAAUACCUAGGAUUACAUCAUCAUGGACAGGAACCAGACAGACCUGGUUACACCUUGGAAGAACUAUUCAUUUUAUCGAGGAGCAACCUUUUAAAUCAACGCGUUGUUGCUGUGAAUAUUCUCACAAAAGUAAUCCAAAAGGAUCGUCGCGGUAUUUAUGUAAAUUUAUUGGAUCAAGACUUGCUACCUGUACUACUCAAUGCCGGCUUACCGUUUUUGUUGCGGUGGACACUUGAUGACAACGCUGACCAGUUGAUUGCUGCUUCAGUCGCCUGUUUUACCGCCGUUCUUGUAAGAAAACGGGAUGAGUUUGUAGCAGACAUGUCGUGUUUUACUUGUUAUCGGGGAAAAGAAAUUCCAUCGUUGUGUCCAGUGGAACUGCCUGUAAAGGAAGAUGGUACAAGCAACCUACCUGAUGUGGAUGUUGUUAAACAGGACUUAAUUAAAGGUCUUAUACAGAUGAGAUUUCUCCCCAGGCUUCGUUAUAUUCUGGAAGUGUGUCGCCCUGCAUCCCCUGUUGUUUUUGAUAUCCUUGAUAUUCUCAUCAGGAUCUCACGUCACUCUUUGGAAUCUGCACACAGUGUCGCAACUUGUCCGAGAUUAUUGGAAACCAUUAUGCUUCAGUUUCUACCUAGUUCUUGGAAACAGCAAGAGGAAUCACAAGCUAUUGAUAAUGUGUACGGCUAUCCUCUCGUCAAAGCUUUGAAGUUGCUUCGUGUAUUGUGCUGCGCUGGGAAAUACUUGACGGAUACUUUGGUGACCAAAUUUGGUCUUAUAUCAAGAAUUCUACGUUUCAUAACAGUUCCUGCUCAUGAAAUGAUGCUAAGUUUGACUGAAGCGUAUGAACUGACAACUGAGAGUUUUACUAUAUGGACUAUUUGUAUUUCUUAUGGGUUAGCUUGUGAAUCAUUUAGCAAUGUGUACUCUCAUAUUGUCACACAAGUACAAAAUAUUGCCUUGUACCCAGUCCGUAGUACUUCCCAAGUUCGCGUGGCCUGUGCAUUGGUUGAUCUUAUUGAAGCUGUCACGCAUGUUGCUGGAAGCAAAGCAGAACUACAGGCGCAACUGUCUACGCACCUUGCAACAGGGGGAAUGGACGCUAGCCAUUUACCACCCCCUCCUAUUGACUGGAGUCACGUGCUUGGACUACUCCCGCUCAUUGGUCAUGGUAUAAGACAGUUUAAAGAUAGUUUUGUAUCUGCGGAAGUGAAAGUUGCCCAGAAUGAGUCGUUUCUGUUACUUGCAAAAUAUCUUAAUCUUUUGGCUUCGUUUUAUGAAAACUUGUCGUUCAGAACACCGAAUCUCAAUGUGUUUUGUCAAAGUGGAACAACACUUUCAAUACUUUCUUUUAAGUUGUUUUAUAAUGUAUUUAUACAGGUUGGAAACAUGGACGGCGAACUGACUGCAUUAUAUCAUACAUCCAGUUUGCUUCUCUUCUCUCGUCUUUUUUCUGGUGACGAGUUCUAUGCCCAUGAUCUAAUGUCUGUUAUGUUGUUCAACUCCGCUCUCUUUCACGAGAGUCGAGAUGAACAUGCUACGACCAUUACGUCCGACUUUUCAGAGAUGGGGAUUAAACCUAGUCUCAAUGAUAUUACAUCGCCAAAGAAACAACGCUAUCCAGGGGAGCUGUUGUCGGAAGCGUACAAAGAUCUAUUGCCGAUACGAUCUACUUUCAUCUCGUCAUUUGCACAGAUGAGGCAUGCUUUAGCAAAGUCUAGAGCCUGCAGUCUUCAUCAGCCACAAAACAUUACGUCAUUCUUACUUGCACCUUCGGGUGGUACAAUGCUGCCAGCUGAUUGGAUGUUUCUUCCCCUAGUGGAUCUUCACAACAUUACAGUGAAAGAAGAAUUGCUGUUGAAGUCGCAACCUGAUCGUCAAGGCAAUGCAUCAAAGUCAAUUGUCAAACGUACUUUGCAGUGGGUUUUGUUGCUGGAAGAAUGGCGGCCAGUUGUUUUACAUCAAGUAUUGUGUACAGCUAAAAUAGCUCGUCUUAUGUGUACCUUCCUUACUGGAAGUGAUUUAUUUCUGGAUACCUCGAUUCAUAAAUACCUAAAAUCGUUGUUACUUUCGUUCCAGCUUUCUACUAUGGAUUUUGACACACCUAUUCCUGGAAUUUCAUCAUUUUAUGAUCUUUAUGUAUCGUUUGUCAUCCAGUAUCAAUCUGUAUCGUAUGGGGAUCAUCUUUUCUCCGCGUUUCUUCUUUUGCCCUUACAACAACGGUAUAACAAAGUUUACAGAAUGUUCAUUUGGAACGAAAAUGCUGACAUUUUUCGAUCAUUUUCCCUUCCACUACACCAAUUACCAGUGCCUCUUGAAAAUUUUUUAUUCCCUGCGGAAACCAACGUAGAGAUUCUUUUUCUAAAACUUCGGGCAUUUACUUCCGGUUUUCUCAGACUAUCGUGGUCUCCAAUAUUUUACCUUAUCGCUAUCCAUCAUCUAUCUAUGUUUUGCUUUUCCAGGCCCGAGAAUAUCCAUGAUUUGAAACAGCGGCUAAAAAUCAUGAAUCAAGUGUUAUUGCUGCCUGACCAAGAUGUCAGAAACGAUAUAAUCUCCUACCAAAACCAUUUUCUGCUUCUGCUAAAGGAUUCCUCAUUUAAAACUUUACCUCCAACACGCGAAAUUUUACUAAGAAAUAAACAUGAUCUAUCUGAAGCAUGGAGUCUGGAACCAAGUUACGGAAUCUUAUAAUGAAAGUGGAUAGUACAGGCGUGAGGCUGUAAAUAUUUUAAAAGCAUGUAAACCAUAUAUGUUGAUGAAUGACUUUUGGGAGUUGGAAAACAAAUGAUUUUUGUGCCUAAUUGGUUUUGAGAAACCUCAAA